AUAACCACUAAACCAGAUAAAUGAGGCUCAAUCUUUAGAGCUAUAGCAGCUGUAGCCUGCAGGCAACUUCAAAAAUGAGUAGCUCCUCACUCACAGCUUCUUUACAUACCAGCAAUUUAAGGUCUCCUUUCGUCGGGAGUUUGAAUGGGUUUCAUGUAUCGAGUGUUGCUGUUCGUCGUGUUGGUUUUGUGAGGAAGGUGGUCGAAUGUAAAGAAUCAAGAAUUGGUAAGCAACCGAUAACAGUACCUUCCAAUGUGACACUCACAAUGGAAGGCCAAGAUUUGAAAGUUAAGGGACCUCUAGGAGAGAUGGCCAUAACUUAUCCACGAGAAGUAAAGCUUGAAAGAGAAGAGGAAGGUGUUCUAAGGGUCAGAAAAGCUGUGGAGACAAGAAGGGCAAAUCAAAUGCAUGGUUUAUUCAGGACUCUUACUGAUAACAUGGUUGUCGGCGUCUCCAAAGGAUUCGAGAAGAAACUUCAAUUAGUAGGGGUAGGAUAUCGUGCAACGGUCGAAGGGAAAGAAAUAGUUCUUAAUCUUGGAUUUUCUCAUCCAGUUAAGAUGGAAAUACCUGAUGGACUGCAGGUUAAGGUUGAAGAAAACACCAGAAUCACAGUAAGUGGUUACGAUAAGUCAGAAAUCGGUCAAUUUGCAGCUUCAAUCAGAAAAUGGAGGCCUCCAGAGCCCUACAAAGGUAAAGGAGUGAAAUAUGCUGAUGAAAUAGUUAGAAGGAAAGAGGGUAAAGCUGGCAAGAAGAAGUAAAUGGUACAUUUUGUUAUUUCUUCCCUUGUUUUUAUUGUAUUUUAGAGCCAUUUUGAAGCUAGGUUUAUUUUGUAAUGACAUGACAAUUUGUUAAUCCAAAGAAAAUGGAAGUCACACAAUUUGAAAUCGUAA